UUGUUUACUGUCACACUCAUGUAAAGUAGGUCAUGGAAAAAGGAAGUCCAGCCAUCCACCUACUCUGCUGUCGUUUAUUUGCCAUCUAACAACACUGUGACUCAGUGAACAGCAUCUCCGUGGUGCUGUCAGUUUGUGUGAACGCUGAUAGACAACAACAAACAGCAGCUGGACUGAUGCUGUUCUUCCAAAAUCUGGACUAAACCUGAUCCGACUCUUACACUGGUCAGACUGUGGUGUUGCCAUGUCCAGGCGAAGCAGGAACAGUCGUGCCUGGCGAUACGGAUACGUGUGGGGGGGCAUACGGAGGGAUACUGAUGCCCGGGCCCUUGUGUUGGCCUCUGAAAGUGAAGAAUGGGGCUAUGACCACCUAGAGUACAGUGAUUCAGACUCUGAGGCAGACUUCUCAGCUGUGAUGGUCCCUCCAGUCCCCAGCGCAGUGCCUGUCACUGGAGAGUCCUACUGUGGCUGUGAUUCCCAGGCAGAGACCAGCUACAACCCUCGCCUGCGAGGUUUUCACCAAGUUAAAGACUGCCACUGUGGAGAGGAUGACCAAGAGUUUGACUGGGUUUGGGAUACUAACAGCCGAUCAACCGCAACAUUACUGAGCUGUGACAAUCGCAAAGUAAACUUCCACUCUGAGUACAGCUGUGGCACAGCAGCAAUCCGUGGCUCCAAGGAGCUGGCUGAAGGUCAGCACUUCUGGGAAAUCAAGAUGACGUCCCCAGUGUAUGGAACAGACAUGAUGGUUGGUAUUGGUACGUCUGAUGUCAAUCUAGACAAAUACAGGCAUACGUUCUGCAGCCUGUUGGGAAAAGAUGCAGACAGCUGGGGUCUUUCUUACACUGGAUUGUUGCAUCAUAAAGGCGACAAAAUGAAUUUCUCCUCUCGUUUUGGACAAGGAUCCAUCAUCGGAGUUCACCUGGACACGUGGCACGGCACACUUACAUUCUUCAAGAAUCGAAAGUGUAUAGGCGUUGCGGCCACAGAGCUACAAAACAAGAGAUUUUAUCCGAUGGCGUGCUCCACUGCAGCGAAGAGCAGCAUGAAGGUGAUCAGAUCCUGCUCUGCACCCACCUCCCUGCUAUACCUUUGCUGUGCUCGUCUUCGCCAGCUGCUGCCAGACUGUAUGGACACCCUGGAUGUGCUGCCACUUCCGCCAGGCCUUCGUCAGUUGCUCCACAACAAACUGGGCUGGGUGCUCAGGCUUAACAGUGGCACCACAGAAGACACCCCAGACGGGUCGGAAGGGUCCUCACAUUUGCCCGUCCCUCCUUUGGCUGGACCUUCCUCCUCUGAGAGUGACUCGGAGGGUUGUACGUCAGACCCCGAAGCCUGUCAGCGGAAGAGAUGCCGCUGGACUUGACUGGACAGCUGAAAUCGAAUCUCCUGGUAAACACUGGCAGACAUUACUGUCUGAUGGCAUCUGAUCUAGUGUUACCUAUCUGCCUCAAGCUUUCUUUAUCAUCAGUGUUAUCCAGAAGUGAAGAAAAGAACCAGGACCGGUUGAGCAGAGGGAGCGGUGCUUCGGAGGAAAACUGUGACGGCGGUAAUUCUUCCUGCCUGCACAUUUUUACUGUGAUUUUCUCUCAUGCCAUUCUAACGUCUUCAUGUUUAGCACAUAUUCAGUAUCCAAAUCUAGCUUCAGUAAUAAGUGAGAAUAUAUGAUGUUAUUUUGUUAGCUUGGAUUACUUGUUACCAUUCAUGUAUGGAGAGCGGUGAUGUCCAGGAAUGGUCUGUACAGUGCAACACUGAAGACAAAUAUGGCCAGAUUUUAGUGGUCAUUGUGGUAUAUUUGCAAAUUUGGGGGUUUAAAAACAAAAACAGACUGUAUAAAUAUUUUCAGUGUUUUCAUCCUGUAUGCAAAUAUUGUAUGUUGUACUGAACCUAAAGCAUUAUCAAAGUACUUCAUUAUAUGUUUCAAUGGCAUCAGCAAGUUUCUGUUUGGUGCCAAAGAGAGAAUCGGUUGAUUCUCUGUUUCAUAACUACCGAUUACUGCUGAAAAUUGAACUGUUAAAAUCUUAAAUGUUACAAGGACAUCCUAAGAACUGGAAUGCACUCAGCAGUUUUAAGUCCUACAAAAGAAAAAAAUGUGUCUUUUUGUUUUUCACAAAACAGCCCCAAUUAAGAAACUGAUACUCUAAUCUGACUGCACAUCAGAAAAUUAUUUCUUGACAAAUGUAUUUGUUACUUUCAUGGCAGCAUCCAUCUGUCACAAGUUUUCUAAAAACUGAAACCUUAUGCUAAAUAUGUAAGCAGUAUGCAUUGUUACGUAGAGUAACUCUUUUAACUGUGAUCAUGAGAUGUCACUCAUAAGAGACUGCCACACAUUUUAAGUCACUUUUCAUCGCUGUUACACCUUAUUGUUUUCUUUUUUUAAAGCUUUUAAAAAUGAUUUUAUUUGACAAUAGUUUUAACUUUUUUGUACUAAUCUGUUUAUGCAACUAUGUUUUUUUUUCGUUUGUUCCCACAAAGCCUUGUUCCAUCAUUUCUUUUACAGAUUAUUCUCAAAUCUGAUUCAAUGAGCUGAAUCCUUUACAGUGCAAAUGUCUAUAGAAACUUCCCAAACCUCCUGCAGUCUAUUCCACUCUUCUGCUCAAAUUGGUUGUUCUUUAUAUGUUUCUUAUGAUUAUCAUUGUGUCAAAAUAUGACUUUAUAUGGCCAAAGAUUUCUGCAGUUGAGAUUAAAGCUAUGUAUUUAGCCAUAUUUUGACAUAACUGAUAUCUGUAUUGAAUAUUUGAAAGAAUAAUAGUAAUAAUAAUGGAUUAGAUUUAUAUAGCGCUUUUCUAUUAAGGCAUACUCAAACGCGUACAGUGGAUCCAUUAUUCAUUCACUCACACAUUCUCACUCUGGUGGUGGUAAACUACAUUUGUAGCCACAGCUGCCCUGGGGCAGGCUGACGGAAGCGUGGCUGCCAAUCUGCACCUACGGCUUCUCCGACCACCACCAACAUUCAUACACCAGUGUGAGUAGCAGCAUUGGAGGCAAGGUGGGUGAAGUGUCUUGCCCAAGGACACAACAGCACAUGACUAGGACAGAGCGGGAACCGAACCGCCGAUCCGCCGAAAGAUGGAUUGCAAGAGUAGUUCAAUAGUAAUUUUCCUUGUCCCAGAAUAUAAACUUUUUAAAUCAUCUUUCCAGCCGAGCCUACAGAGGCUGAGCGAAAUUAAAAGAUGGAUUUAAGUAUUAAUUGAUUAUUAGUGGGAAGAGGAACACAACACCUGGGUCAGAUAUGUAAAUAAGUGUUAUUUAUUUGGUUCUUUGUAGUACCAAAACUUAAUAAUGUAACGUUAGUGUUUUACCCGGGUGUUGAAGCUUCGCCACCUGCUUACAUUGACCUCUGAUCAUGUUCACUCCUCCAGGUUUUGGUAUUAGUACAUGUAGGUUAUACUAAGAUUUAAGGUACUGUACAAUACAAGCAUUUUCUAUGAUGGUGAGUGUUUAAGGAUGUCAUUAUGGAGGCACAACAACAGCAGUGAUAGUACCAGAGGACCAUCAGUCAUGAGUAGUGACAUGACUCACUUUAUGUCCAGUCGAGUGAUGAUUUAUCCCCGCUAUACAUGGAGCAAUGUAACCACCAUGAGGUUAAUUGUGGUCCAGCAGAUGAAAAUUCUGUCUUCUUUCACAGUGUUUUGUCUUCGCAUCGAUGCAUUGAAGCACUUUUUCUUGCUGUUCUCCUGUAAAUAGAAAGAAAUCUAAGUGUUUCUUCUGUACCAUGUCAUACUAAUAAUACUGUAUGUGAAGGCCUUUACUUGCCUUUUUCUGUGUAACUUAUCAGCAUGAUUUUCAGCUGAAAAUAAAUUGAAUGCUAAAUAUGCACAAAGUAAAA